AUGAAUGCAUUUUUUGACGGGUAUGUCCAUGCUGGGACGACAUUGAAGGAAUUUGUCGACCAAUUCAAUAAUGCUCUUAGAAAGAAAGUGGAUGUCGAGACAACUGUUGAUUUCAAUUGUACCAACCAAACUAUCCCCUGCAUCUCCCCUUUCAACAUUGAGAAACAGUUUAAAAAAGUCUAUACCAAUGCAAAGUUUAAGGAGGUCCAACGAGAGUUGAUGGGCCUAAUGUGUUGUAAUUGUUGGUUGGUAAGCACACAAGGUUGCAUUUUAACAUUUCAUGUGUUGGAUGAAAUAUCGUUUGAUGAGCAGACCAAAAGAGUUCAUUACUCAAUUUACUAUAACGAAGAUGAGUGUGAGGUAAAAUGCACUUGUGGAUUGUUUGAGAUGAGGGAGAUUAUAUGUAGGCAUGGACUUAGAGUUUGUCAGUUGAAAAAUAUUAAUGUGCUGCCAGAUGUAUAUUUCCUAGAUCGAUGGAGAAAGGACUUAAAAAGGCAUUACACACUAAUCAGAAGUAGUUAUGAUGACGUGUGGGGUAGGUCAGACACGCGUAAUUACGAGCUGAUGAUCCAAAGAUGUUCGAAAUUAGCAGCCAAAAUAUCCUCAAACACUGACAAAGUCCAUGCAUUUCUGCACUAUGUUGACGAGUUUGAUAAAACAUGCAUCGGUUCAACGUGUGACUCGACAUUCCAAUCAACUCAGGCGAGCCCAACAGUGGAGAAAGAUAAGGGAACUGUUGAAAGCUUCCUAGAUGUUGCUGGGCUUUACUUUGCCCUGACUCAGUUGAAAAUGGCAGCAGAAUGGUUAGAACAUUCGUUGCAAAAGUUCAGUGUUACUGCAAUAGAAGACCGUCUACAGGAUGGUGUCCCAAAAGCAAUAGAAACAGUAAGGAAAGCAGUGGAUGCAGUAAUUUGA